AAGCCAGCGGUGCCCAAGAGACCAUCAAAGAAGACGCUUGUUUGACGAGGACCCGAGCUGCCGAGAGCUCAGGAUCCAAACACUGCAUGCACACUUCACACGCAGAGGCAGGGAGUGAAGCCAGAGCCUCUGCUCUCCUGUGGCGAGUGGAGGGAUGAAGGGAGAAGAAAAUAAAGAGAGCUGGAAAGGGAGAGUCUGACGCUAAAGAUGAGGAGAAGCAUAAAAGUUCAAAAAACAACAACAACAAAAAAGGAAAACUAACAGCCAGCACAGGGGAGAAGGCUCUCGAUAAUUAGAGUGCAGAGGAAAAGAGGUGGAGAAGAGGAUCUGAUAGAGGCGAAGGAGAGGUGGAGAUGUGAGGGAGAGCAGAAAGCGAGGUCCCCUGUAGUUUGGGAACAAGGGCAGAGGUGGGAGACAUGCCAAAGUGGCUUAAAUCAGCGGGUGGAAACGCUGCAGGUGCAGGAAGUGAUCUGAGGAAGUCAUGUGAUAUCUAGGAAACUUUAAUGGUAAACAAGGACACAUGAAAUGAGAAGUUGUGCUAGCCACGGAUGCUAUACAGUCCAUUAUGAUUGCAUAACAGGCAGAAUUACGUCUAUUUCCCAACCAUGAUGGUGUUGGGGUUACAUGUGGGAUAUUUUUUGCAGCAGACGUUAUUGUUUCAUAGCUUUUAGGAGUCUGGAAAACUCUUAUUAACUGUUCAACUUAAUAACCGUGGUUAAAAUUGUUGAAAUGUUUAGGAAAAGAUUUGAGAAAUUUCACCCUUAGAACAGCAGAUGUAGCCUUUAUGUAAUAAAAAAAAUCCCAUUAGAAUAUUUUUUUCAAAGGAGACUGUGAUAUAGUUCAAAACUAAAGCAGAUACGGAAUAACGAUAAAACACAAUAACAGGGGACAUAAAAGGCACAAUUCUCAAAUAAUAAUGAGUAUUUUUAAACCAUUAAAACCAUUUGGUGCCUGUUGCAAAUGAUCCAAUAUACAAAUAUACCAUUUUAAAACAUGUGGUCACCAUUAUGCAUCACAACUGUAUCACAGUGAAAAUGUGUGUUUUAUUAAGAGGGAAUGUGUUUUUCAAAUUUUGCAAGUAACGUGAAUAAAAUCUACAAAUUUUAAAAAAAAUUAAAAUCAGUUGUAUAGUUAAAUUUUAAUGCAUGUCUGGAACACAUGAUGGAACAGGAAGGGGCCGUCCCCAAACUUUUCCCACAAAGUUGGGAGCAUGAAAUAGUUCAAAAUAUCUCGGUAUGCUGAAGCAUUAAGAGUUCUUUUAACUGGAACUAAGGUGCCGACCCAUUUCCUGAAAAGCACCCCCACAUCAUAAUGUCCCCCUCACCAAAAUUCAAACUUGGACAAAUGAGCACCAUUCUCCUGGCAACCUAUGAACUCAGACUGGUUCAUCGGAUUGGCAGAUGGACAAGUGGGACUUUUCUCUCCAGAGAACACGUCUCUACUCCUCUCGAGUCCAGUGUCUCAGGGUGCCUUACACGACAGCAUCUGAUGCUUUGCAUUGUCCUUGGUGACGUAAAACUUGGAAACAGCUGAUUGGCCAUGGAAACUCAUUCCAUGAAGUUCUCAAUGCACUGUUCUUGAGUUAAUCUGAAGGCCACAUGAAGUUUGGAGGUCUGUUACAACUGACUGUGCAGAAAUUUGGUGACCUCUGCACACUAUGUACCUCAGCAUCUGCUGAUCCUGCUCUGUGAUUUUAUGUGGCCUGCCACUUCACGGCUGAGUUGCUGCUGUUACCAAUAAGUUCCACUUUACUGUAAUACCACUAACAUGCAACUGUGGAAUGUUUAAUAGUGACGAAAUUGACUUGACUAUAUACACCUGUGGCUAUGGAAGUGAUUGAAACACCUGAACUGAAUAAUUUGAAAGAGUGAACAAAUCCUUUUGGCGGUAUAGUUUAGCUGAUGCUGGUGGCAGAAGAGGAGUUUUUGCAUCUCAAAGCAAAGCUGCAACACGAUUGUGGCAAUGAUUGAAUGUACACUGACAGAACCAGAGGGCAACUUUGGAAGUAAAUGGAGAUGCUAUGAUGCUAUGUGAGAAAUUGACAGUACAGCAAUGAAGGCAUUCUUUGACACCUUCUUAAGAGAUCACAUCUUCAAAUCAGAUAGCUGAAUAAUUAGAAACUUCCACCAUGGUUUGCUGUUCACAGUCAGGAUGUAUAUUGAAUCCAACUGAGAAAUGUUUCCAUGCAUAAAUGUGAUGGGGAAAUAUUACUGGUCUCUUGAGCAAAUGUCUCGGCUUAUUCCAAAUGCUUGCUCCAAAUGGCAGGUUUAGCAAACAAAGACACUAGUAAAGGCAAAGAUUAAACAAGUGCAGCAAAAAUAGGUGAUCGAACAGAAGAACGACAAAAAUCUGAAUCCAACACCUUUGUUAUUCUCUCUGCCCUGUGCAUGUCACAUUUCAGGUUGAACACUUUUUCAUUUGCUGAACUGUUUAUACCGAAAAAGAGACAGCAACACAAAACCCUCCCUGAUGCAUGUCUGCAUGCAGUGCUUUAAGAAAUUAUGGGCUUCAGACUGAUACAUCCCACUUCUUAGUUAAAAUAAAAGAGAGAAAGACUGAUUUAUGCUCAUAAAUCAGCACCAAAGAUGCAGUGUGUACAGUCUGUUGAAAUUAAUUAGCAGUCUUGUCGGGGAGUUUAACAGUUCCCCCAACUCGUUGGAGGUCUCCCAUCGUGGAAUUCAAAUGAGCCAAAUGCAUGGGGAAGUCCAGAGAAGAGCAACGGGGGGUAUGGGCACAGCAUCGGGGUCAAAUGGAAGAGCCUCAAUGUAUCUUUGAAUGUAUACUGCCUGUGCAUACAAGGAGUUUAGCAGUGUGCCACUGAUAGACAUUGAAAAUUCACUGCAGGAGGUCUUCUCUCAAACUGGAACACCAUUGAUCCGAUUUAGUGUGCACUGAGAAAAGCCCCAGCGACUGAACAACAUUUUAAUAGCCUUUUGUGUCAGAAGGUGCUUUGUGGCUAUGAAUUUUAAAUGUUUCUACCUUUAAUGUUGAUGAGACCCAUCUCUGUGUUGCAAGUUUAAUCUUGGAUAGAUGUGUGCACACAACAAUACUGUAAUGGCCCAUUAGACACAUAGAGGGCAGCCUGCAACUGCUAAUUAAUGACUAGCAUGGUAAAUAUUAGCACGUCCUUAAAUAUGCAUAAACCUAGAAUAUGGGGCAAUGUUGAAAUCUCUCUCUCUCUCUAGCACACACACACAUGCACACACACAAAGAAACCCUGUCUUUUUUCCUCUGCAGCGUAUAAUAGUUCACAUAAUUUAAGGCAAUACGGCUUGAAGUCAACCAGAAAUUAAAGCAAUUUUUGCGUUUCAAAGUAUCCUUUCAUUUCUGCCUUGUGGGCUGAAGAAUUUGCAGGGAAAGAGCAGCUGUUUGCCUGUCCAAUUUCCUCUUGGCCUACACACGCACACACAAGCAUACACUCACACAUCCACAGCUCAUCAGGAGUUUACUUCUAAGGAAUGAUCUGGCGGCAUCUUGAGUGGCAGCUCACCACUGCGUUGCACUCGAGUGGUCAUCGACACUGGGUGAUUGCAGGAGGUUGCCCUCUCAUAUUUCCUCAAAAAAUCUCUGGCUGCGAUCCCAAAAUGUUCUGUCCAACCAAGCACACCAGCAUGAGAACAAAAAGAGCAGCCUCCCCUGGCAUCUCCACCACCGCUCCAAAGCUACUUGUUAGCACGGUGUAUUCUGGGGUAUCUGGAAAAAUGCCAGGAGUCAUGCAAUGCCAUGUCUGAAUUUAAUCCAGCAUGACACAUAG